AGGAAUCCCAGCCCCUUUGGAGAUGUUGGGAUCGGUGAAACUGUACACCAAAAACCGCGGAGGUAUCUCGCUGUUAUUUAUAUUUACCACGUAUUUUAAAGCUUGGACAUACUGCGUAUAUAGUUGGAAGAGGAUUGAUAAAGAGUUCUUACUAAUUCAGAGAGCUCUUCGGUCUGCGGCUCUCAGGAUGUCUUAAGGUGGUGUCACUGUAUUUGAAAAGACCUUCAGACUAAGAUCAGAAGACACUGUCUCAGCUAGAUCACAGUUAUGCUUCGCUUAAGCACCAUUCUCACGCCAAUGCCCAACCCUGACCUUGUCUGGCACCUCUGUGUUCUUCUUGGCGUCUCUGCUCUGAAUGCUGAAACUAAUGUUGUCCUGACAGUACCCCAGCAUGUGAGCCUUUUACCCAACUUUAGCACGCAGCAGCUCUCCAUAUCUUGGUUGGGAGGACCAGCCACAACCUUUGACUUUCUCAUUAAAAGAACUGAUUUCAAUGAAACUGUCUUCUAUGACACUGUGUCUGCAAAAGUGAAUCAGGUGAGUGGUCAGCACCAGUGGACAUGGACCUCUGAAGAACCUCUGGAAUGUACAUCAUUGUCAGUCAAAAUCUGCUCAAGAGAUGGUCAGACAACAAGUGAAUGGAGCGAAACUCAGAUACUUGAAGGACGAGAUAUCCCCAGUAAUAGAAAUUUCCAGAUGUAUCCCCAGGACAAGGUUGUUCCUGUAGGAGCCAACACGACCUUCUGCUGCAUAGUAGAGGAGGGAAAGACCUUUAAAAGCAUCCUCUAUGGCAGGACCGAAAUGAAUGUGAAACGUUUGAGUUUGCGAAGUUAUGCAGUUACAGCUUUUGAUCAGCAACUAUCUGGGCCAACUGGAGCAAAUGUUAUUUGCCAAACGCAUAUGAAUAAAAUAUAUGGAGCUGUUGUGUUCAUUGGAUAUCCACCACUACCUACUGAUUUUGUUUGUCAUACCCAAGAUCUAAUCUCAGCUGUGUGCCAGUGGAAUAAAGGACGAGACACUCACUUGUAUGGCAAAAGACAAACGCACUACUCAGUAACUGGCAGAAAUUGUUCUGAGACGAGCACACAGCAGAAGUGUAGCCUUCCUCAGUGGGAUGGUAACUGGACUCUGGUAGCUGUUAAUUCUCUUGGUCAGUACAGCCUCACUGACUCGGCUGAGCUCAGUCACAGAGUGUGUCCAGUAGCACCAGUUAAUCUGAACUCUGACGUCCGUGCCUGGAAUGCUACUGUUCUCUGGGAGUGGAAAUACAACAGCUAUUCUACCCUCGCUCUUGUCUGCCAGGUAGAGCUAACUACCCAGGGAUACAAAACAAAGCGUGUCUUCUCUGGUUUGGGUCUCCAAUCUGUGGUUUUAUUGGAUCUGCAACCCGAUGAAGACUACAGCAUUCAGGUUCGCUGUGGAUCCCAGAAGAACUUCUGGAAGUGGGGAAACUGGAGCAAUACCUUAUCAUUCAGAACCAAAACCUAUGUUCCAGAUGCCCCUGAUGUGUGGAUGUGGAUGAACAGAGACACCACCGGGCUGGUUGUUUGGAAACCUCUAACACGACAGCAGAGCCAUGGUCAGAUCACGGGUUUUGAAGUUACUUUAUGGAACAAUAAAGAAAAUCUACAGCAUAUACAAAUAUCACAGGAUACCAAUUCUAUACCAGUCAAUCUCACACAAAUGGCUUCAUUCAGCGAAGAUGACGAGAUCAUAGCAGCAGUCGUAGCAAAGAACGUGGAAGGGGUGUCUCAGCCUGCAAGUGUACCUCUACGCUUGAUAGAUAUGGAACCCCCUAUUUUCUCCAGAAUAGCCUAUACCAACAGUGGCUUCCCUCUGGAGUGGCAGCAGAAUGCCAGCACCACUUGUAGUUACCUGAUUGAAUGGCAUGAUGCCUCAUGCAGGCAUGACUGCCAAGUGAAUUGGCUCCGAGUGAAUGUUGGAAGCACUAAUGUAUCUAUUGAGUCAGUUGACUUCCAGCCAGGUGUGAGAUACAACUUCUCCCUCUACAGUUGCCCUUCAAGUUCCCCACAGCUCAUUCAGCGCUGGCAGGGAUACAUGCAGGAGCUGGUCCCGUCCAGUUCGGUCCCUCUGAAAAUCAGUCAGCAGGACUUCGAUGUAGUUCUUACCUGGGGAGAGAUUCCUCUGGCCAACAAAAGAGGCUUCAUCCUGGGCUACAAUGUUUACAUCAGUCAUGGUUCCCAGCUCUCACUCAUUGCAAAUCUGUCAGACCUUGGAACAAGGAAAUACGUUGUAAAGGGUCUCUCUGUAAGCUCCUAUAAAUUUACAGUCAAGGCCUACACAUCUGCAGGCGAGGAUACAGGCACCACUGCUUCCAUUAUGAUGGAGCCAGGCAGUGGGCUAGUCCUGGACAUUUUGGGUUCUUUGGGAAUGGUAACAUUAUUACUGUUCAUUGUUUCCCUCAUUUGCUACAAGAAGAGAAAAUGGGUAAAAAGGGUAUUCUAUCCAGAUAUACCUGAGCCUAAGCUGUCCAGUGAUUGGUCCAGGACUCGGGGACCUUUGGAUGUGAAGCCAUCUCCUCACAGUAUGGUCCACAUUGUUGAGAGGCCUGAACAGGAUUGUAUUAAGGACGCCCUUGUUGUUAUUCCUGAAGAGGAAGAAGGUGACAAAGGGCAUGGCAUUGGAGAUGAGCCAGUUGACUCUGAUGAGCCACAGUCAUUACGCUACUACAACCAAGUGGCGGAUGAGCGCCCGAUAAGGCCACGCUUUCCAGACUCCUCUGUUUCCUCUGCAUCUUCUAUGGAUUCAGCAAGCACAGAUGUGACAUAUACAGGGAUCCAGACAUCUUGUUCUUCUUUGGUAUUCCAGCAAGAUCCACAGACCACACCUGAGAGCCACCAACCCAAUACUGAUCAUUCUGUCAGCUGUGGGAGUGGAGGUGGGAGCUACCGACCCCAGAUGCACCCCAUAACUUUGAGUGAAAACAUUGGCCUAGCUUCCCCAGAGCCUUUGCUAGAGCCUCAGGCUGUGAGUUCUGGGGGCUACAAACCUCAGAACUCGUGGCAUUUUGACUCUCCUACUGAAGAGGAAAGGAGUGGCCUUGCCCCCUCUCUUGGGUCACCUGUCUCUGUUGCCUCUACUCAGUUCCUCCUCCCUGAUGAAGAGGAUCACGAUGAGGAGAAACUACAACCAUCAACAUCAGCAGCAACCUGGUUCAGCAACCUGCUGUCUUCUUCAAAACCAUAAUAUCUAUUUUUUUCUUGUUAGCAGACAGGCAGUGGAGGUUAACAAAAAUGUCCCUCUUUUCCGUUACUAGUGUCAUGUAACAACAAGAAUGAAUGAAUCCUUCUAGAUGUAGCACAGCAUUGUUACAAUUUGCAGUUUAACUGCAGGUUAAUGAUUCUUUUAAGAUGUUUAUAUUAAAAUUAUACAUAUGUUGUUCAUUUAAUCUAUUAUAGAUCAAAAUGUAUAUAAUGUAGAUAAACUCACGACAGCAAAUUUCUUUAGUUUGUUUUACUUGUUUGUUCGUAUUUAAUGUACCUUCUGAAGACAAAGUGGUGGACUCGCUUGUGAAAGCCUUUUCCUGUGACAUGCUGUAAUGGGCAUUUCAUUUUGGUAAAUGUUGUAUUUCAGCUAUGUAGGUCCAAGUUUUUUCUUGUAUUUCAGAUGUUUUUAGUAUUUUAUGAAAAGAAAAAGGAUGAGUUGCAAACAUAAAGUCAGCAUCAAAAAUAACGCAUUUAAAGCUGCACAAAAGCUGUUAAAAGGGGUUGUUAGCAACAUCUGGAGUGUUUGUGAAAGGCUGUCUUUAAUGUAUUUUCAGAGAUAUCGUCUGCUCUGUCAGAAACACCAUAAAUGCAUUUU